AAAUAGAAGUAAAAAGAUCAGAGAUUUAGACUUUAGAUGUAGAGUCUACUGAACACACAGGCACAAGGACCUCUGUCUGCUCGGUAGAGUAAACUAUAGCCGAUGUAUAUCUUUUGAAUGUAACACGUACAUUAGAGAUAUAACUGUGACACUACUGUACAGUACAAAGUCCAUGUUAUGGCAAAGUACAACAUCUAGGACUCUAAGCAAGACUAUUCCCCUGCAAAGUGCCACCAGGACCAAGAAUAAUGUCCCAGGGGCCUGUUGUGCAAAUUCAGGCUGGAACAUCCUUAAGGGGGAAGCAGGUGUAUGCAAAGGAACCAAAGAGACCAGUGAACGCAUUCUUGGGCAUAAGAUAUGGAGAAGCCCCCAUAGGUCAACUGAGGUUCAAGCCUCCUAAGCCUGCUGGCAUAUGGCAGGGGGAGAGGGAUGCUACACAGUUUGGCCCAGCCGCCAGUCAGAACAUCAAAAACACCCAAGCUGGCAGCAGACCAUUCCGUGUUAUGAGUGAAACUUCAGAGGACUGUCUGUUCUUAAAUGUGUGGACCCCAAACAUGAACCCUAAUGCUAAACUGCCUGUUCUGUUUUGGAUUCAUGGAGGAGCUUUUGUUGAAGGUACAGGUCAGAUCUACCAUGGCACUGCAAUAUGUAACUACCAAGAUGUGGUCGUCAUCUCUAUCAACUACAGACUUGGAGCCAUGGGAUUUUUCACAACUGGUGAUGCAGUUGCCCCUGGAAACCUUGGUUUCCUUGACCAGAUUGAGGCUCUCAAGUGGACACACAGACACAUACAUAAGUUUGGUGGAGACACGAGCAAUAUAACAAUCAGUGGUGAAAGUGCAGGUGCUAUGUCUGUAGGUUUCCUAAUAAUGUCACCUUUGGCAAAGGGACUGUUUAAGAGAGCCAUCUCCCAGAGUGGGACAGUCACAUACCCCAAGGACGCUUACACUUACCAGGAGAUAACAAGAAUCAUAGAUAGAAAAUUGAAAAGAUUAGGUUUUAAAGGUCAGACAAGUCAAGAGAAGCUGGACUUCUUGAGUGGAAUGUCUGCUAAACAUAUCAACACAAAAGUGUCUUUAUUCUUUGGUCCCCCAGUCAUAGAUGGCACAUUCCUUCCUGACUCCCCUAGCAACCUCUAUAAGCAGGAUAGAUACAAUAAAGUUGACUAUAUCAUUGGGUUUAACAGCCAUGAGGGAUUUCUAGUGACGAGGAUGGUGUAUGCGGGUCUUGGAAUAGAGUUCAAGUUGGAUGAUAGAGCUACAUUCAAGCAGUACCUACGGAGGCUAGUGUUACAUAACUAUAGGAAUAAUCAGGAUAAGAUCACAGAUGCUAUAAUGGAGGAGUACGUCGGGGACUUUGACUUCAGAGAUAGUGAACGUGCGACACAAUUGUUCAGUGAUAUCUAUGGGGAUAUGAUCUUCAUCUCACCCAGUCUUGCUGUAGCAAAAGCACACUCAGCAUGUUGUGACACCUAUAUCUACAUGUAUGACCAUAGGCUGAGGGUCUCUCCAAAGCCAGAAUGGAUAAAGGCAGAUCAUGGAGAGGAGUUAGUGCUUGUAUUUGGUGAGCCCCACCAAACAUCCUUUCCUCAAUACUUCACCGAAGAAGAACAAAGUUUGAGCCACACCUUCAUGUCUUAUUGGGCCAAUUUUGCCAAGUCAGGAAAUCCGAAUGGUUCUGGUCUCCCAAAGUGGCCGAAAUUCAAUAAAUCUGAAGAAUAUAUGAACAUUAACACAAACCCUCAGUCCAAGAGAAAGUACAAUGCUACUAGGAUGGCUUUCUGGACUGACACUAUUGGACAGUUAGAGAAUGGACAUUUUUCAAAAUAUUGAAUUAUAACAGGAGCUUAGUAUCAUUGAUCUAGCAAUUUAAGUACCACAAUUAAAACAGAUAUGAUGAGAUUUUUAAAGAAUUGCCGAUAAAACAAUGUACUAUAGUUGUAUUGUAGCUCAUUAUUUUACUUAACAGUAUUAGACAGGUUCAAGGGCAGCAUUUAAAACUAAUAUAUUAAAUUGCUAAUAUAUGGAACAUUAUUUUUACAUGCUAUGAAUUUUUAUGUUUUCUGUAA